AUGGAGUCCGUGGAUAGUGAGAAAAUGUCCCUACUUCUAUCAUUACUUGUUGAGGACAGGUACUUAGAGACAGCAGAAAAUGUGGAUUUCAUCAAAAGGUGUGUGCUAUUAAAAGAACACUUAGGGAGUUUACAUCCGGAUGAUUAUUCCAUGUCUAUAGUAGGAAGUCAAAGUGAGGGUCUUAAAUUGGCAGGUGCAGAUUUUGACAUGAUUUUCGUAAAUAAUCGGAUUGAGGUAAAAUAUCCUGAUCAAUGUAUUCCUCCAAACAUGGGAGAUAAAACAAUUCUAUAUGUAAAAGAGGCAGGUUGUCGUCCCGGUUAUGUUCACUUACAAGUUGGUCACAAGGGAAAGGAUAUGGAAAAGCAUCUAUUCGAUUCAAUAGUCAAAAUUGAAGACUCAUAUUUUCUUUCAAGUGACAUGUAUAGAGAGAAACUUAUCGAUAUCAUGGGACCACUUACAGGUUUGAAAAUUUCAUCCACCGGACCAAGCUGCACAACACAUGGGGUCUUUGGGAGUUGUGAUUAUGUAUUUAGCUUUCCUAGUAAAAACUGGCCAAAUGUUGCUCAGGAAUGGAUUACACGCACGCGUCUGUACGGUUGGCCAUGUCAAACGUUGAUCGACAAGAUUGUCAACGGUGGCUGCCAAUUUGUUCCGACUGGAGAUAAAUGUUCUGACGACACUUUUUUACAGUGGAGAAUAUCAUUUGUGAAAGCAGAGAGAUCUUUAAUCCAUUCCUUCAGUCAUUGUCAGAUGAAAGUGUAUACUCUGCUCAAGUGUUUCUUAAGACAGAUCAAAAGUACAUUAAAAGAAGCACUCGAAGACGAGGAUAUGUUGUGUUCAUAUUUUUUAAAAACAGUCCUUUUUCAUGCUUUAGAGAAUACCAGCCAAAUCUUUUGGCAGGACAAAAACUUGUUUUUUUGCUUUUGGUUUUGCAUUAGCAUACUGAUUACUUGUGUCAAAGAAGGAUUCUGUUCCAAUUUCUUCAUUCCUAGGGACAACAUGUUCAAACGGAAAAUCCGUGGACAAAAACAACAGAUACUAUUAGAUGUUUUGAACAACUAUUGGGCAAUGAAAUGGAAAUGUCUGUCAGUUGGAGACUUCUUUGUUCCGUCCAUAUGGGACGAUUUAUGCAAUGCCUCCGUCAUGGAAAGACUUGCACAUCGGCCGACAACCAUGCAGAAAUCUCUUAUCGAAUAUGACAAGGAUAUUUCUACCUAUUUAUCAAGUAUGUGCGUCUCAGAUAAAAGUUGUACAGAAACGACAAUCAGGGAUGUAGUUCAAGCAUUAUGGCAAUCACAGUCAGAUUUCGAUGAAGUCGUGAUAUAUAACUAUCUUUGUAAAUGCUUACACAGAUUUUCGUGUGUGCAGAUUUAUUCUGAUAACAUAGGUGCUAUCAAAAAUAACAAGACCAGAUAUAGGAGUUUAAGGAAACACCAACACUGGAUAACUCACGGAGCCUUGCUUGGCACAGAUCUGCUGCACCUGGCAACGUUUUAUUUUCUGAUUGGGAAUUUCAACAAAGCCUUGGAAAUGUGCAAGAGUGUACAUAAUCUUUCAGUGUGUAGCCGGAGUGAUUUGAGACCUGAUAAUGGAGAUACCUACAACAGACUGCGAAAGAAAUACACAGAGGAACUCGUUUUUCAACACAAAGACUUGUACCCUCCUCAUCUUUCUCUAGAAAUACCCUACAGGGGCAAAUACGUACUCAUUCCACCAGAUGCCUACAACUCUUUCCUCUCCUUUCUGUGCCGUCAUGAGCUUGGAGACACUAGAGGUCGAGAUGCUGCAUUGCGACAUUUGGUGGAGAUUCAGUAUAAAAGUAACCAACAAGGACGAAAAUCCUGGAUCGUACACACUAUUGUGGGGAUCUGUCAUCAAAUUCUCGGAAACUAUCACCAGGCAAUCAGCGCUUACUGGGAGUCGUCUGAAACAAAGGACUAUGAGCAUGUGAAAAAUACUGCCAUCACGAGAAUAGCGAUAGCGUAUUUAUGUAUGUGUGCCACACAGAAGUCGGUCAAAGACUCAAUAUGGCGUUAUAUAUGCAUUUAG